AUGUACUCUGGUACUACCAGGAACAACAACUACCCCACCACCAACAUGGGUCUCCCCAUCCCCCAGGCUGGUGAAAUCCACUACGCCUUGGUCGAAAUCGAGUGCCCUCAACCAACCCGGCGAGUAAUCGUCAGCAUUCUCGAACCCAUCGAAGAGAUGGAAGAACCUGCUCCGGAGCACUCCACACCAACUCCCGAGCAGGUUCCUUGUAUCCCAACCACCAACACUAGGGAUACCAACCCUCAGUCUGACCCCAACAACGACUCGUCUAAUGAAACUGCUUCAAACGAGUCUGGUUCUGACCAUGAACAUCGUGUUCGUCGAGUCCGCUUCGCGGAAGAGGUCACCGUCAUUCCAAAAUCAGUGGGAAGACACGUUCGCUGGCCCGCUGACGCGGAGCUCGUCACCUUCAUCCCAGACGCCGAGUACUCCAAGGAAGCCCCAGUGAAGAAGGUCCGCUUCGCAGGAUCGCCGGACCUGGUGACUUACAUCCCCAACGACUCUUCCGUAGAUGGCGACUAUGACUCUGAUGAAAACAACAACAACAACAACAACAACAACAACAACAACAACACCUCCGAGCAUGGCAGCCCUGCACUCCGCGUCCGGUUCGCCGCGGAGCCAGUCGUGCGCCGCUCAACCCAAGUCAACACUCUCUAUGACAUUGAAGCUGGAGAAGAAGUUCCACGCCCUGGCAGUGCCUACAACUACCCACGCCUGCUUAGUGUUAAUGACCGAACACCCACUCCCCCAGCGUAUGUGCCCCUAGCUAUACUUGGCUCGGCACAGGUCCAAGAAGAGCAAGACGUCGUCGAGACAGUCUGGGACGAUGAAGUACCCUCUGAUGGGUCUCGCGACGCGAGUGAGCUCGACCGCACCGAGACCCUCGAGGACUUUGUCCACCUGGCUACGCACUCGAAGAAGAGAAAGAGAAGAAUGAGAAGGGCCUUUGCGGGUGUUGCUGCAAGGCUGUCGAAGAUUGUGACGAAGAAGAAGAGACAGAGAACCAUUGAUGAUGUUUAUUGCUGGGCUUGA